AUGGAGACCGACUGGAAGACGGUCAAACGACCGCACGACCGUCAGCUGAUGCUGAAGAGCGCGAAAAUCGGCCGUAUAAUCAUGACCGUUGCCGCGUUGUGCAUGAACAUCGGCGUGUUCUCGUACAAUUUCGUCACAGGAUUAAAGAAGACGGUGCUCCACGUUGGUAACGAAAGUUACUCGACGCUACGUCUACCUUGCCCGUUUUAUACGAAACUGAUGGACGUCAGGUACAGUCCAGCCAAUGAAAUUGUCUUCUUCCUGCAAUGUUUCUCCGGAUUGAUCGUUAACUCGGUCACGGUCGGCGCUUGCGGUUUGGCCGCGGUGUUCGCGAUGCACGCCUGCGGUCAACUGAAUAUCGUUAUGUCACAGCUGGAGGAUUUGGUUGAACGGAACAAGGAUCAACCGUCCGCACAGAGGAAAAUGGCGUCUAUAGUGGACAUUCAUUUACGAGCGUUAAACCGUGCCGGCUGUCAACCGAGUUGUUCAGUCGCGACCGUGCACCUGCAUGAUCAGCAUGUAUGCUCGAUCAUGCAGCCGAAGGGACAGAACCGUCUGAACAAUUACGACCACGAGACCGAUUUGGAUUACACGUUGGAAAUGUGUCGAUGGUUGUUAACGCCGAUCGGCGUGUGGCCGCUUGUGAAGAAAUGCGCGGGCAAACACGAGAGAGCAAUGUCGAUUGUCUUAUUACUCGUAUGUUUCACGUGUCUGCUCUUCGUCAUCCUGCCAUCGGGAUACAAUAUCUUCUUCGUCGAAAAGAGCAUGCAGAAUAAGGUGAAGCUGCUCGGCCCGGUUGGCUUUUGCCUGUCCUCCGCCAUCAAGUACUGCUACCUGGUUGCAAAGGGCACUGUAUUCGGGCGUUGCAUCGAACACGUACAGAAGGAUUGGCAAACGGUGGAGCAACCGUGUCAUCGUGACAUCAUGCUGAAACACGCGUCCCUCAGCAGACAGUUGAUCGCUAUUUGUGCGAUCUUCCUGUACACUGGCGGCAUGUCCUAUCACACGGUGAUGCAGUUCCUGUCGAAGGACAGAAGCAAACGGAACUUCACAGUGAGACCGUUGACUUAUCCAUGCUUCGACACGUUCCUUGAUACUCAGUCCAGUCCCACGUACGAGAUCGUGUUCUCCGUUCACUGUGUCGCCGCUAUGAUCAUGUACAGCGUGACAACCGCCGCGUACAGUCUCGCCGCGACUUUCGUCACUCACAUCUGCGGACAGAUCCAGAUACAAAUGGCCAGGCUGGAGAAUCUGCUGGGUGACAGUCGGGAGAAGAGUAGCUUCCACGAUCGUAUGACCGUCAUCGUACGAAGCCACGUUCAGGUGUUGAGGUUCUCUAAGAACGUCGAGAAAGCUUUGCGUGGGAUAUGCUUGACGGAAAUCGUGGAAUCGACGUUGAUUAUGUGUCUGCUCGAGUACUAUUGCAUGAUGGAAUGGCGAAAUAGCGACGCGAUCGCUAUACUCACGUAUCUCACCUUGCUGAUCUCCUUCACCUUCAACGUAUUAAUAUUUUGUUACAUAGGUGAAGUUCUCUCCGAACAGUGUAGCAAGAUGGGUCCAGCUUCCUACAACGUCGAGUGGUACAAUCUGCCGGCAAAAGAAGCCCAUAAUCUAGUUUUGGUCAGCGCCAUAUCUCUGUAUCCGCCAAAACUCACGGCUGGAAAAAUAAUCGAACUAUCUCUGAACACGUUCGGCACUGUGGUGAGGACGUCGGUAAUUUACCUAAAUCUACUAAGGACGGUCACUACUUGGUAA